AUGAAGACCUUUACCACCCUCGUGGCUGCCUGUGCAGUUCUGUACUCAGUUUUCUGUCCGGUCGUUGCUGGCCCUCUACCUGAGAUACACGCCGAAGGCCGUCAAUUCGACUCACGCUUCGCUCCUAUUGCUCGCCCCGUGUUCCCUCGCAGCUAUUGGGACAACGUCACGGCGACCGACACGACUCCAGCCCCAAAGGCGCAUAAACGCUCCUACCCCGCCGGACCCUCAGCGUCCGCCUACGUCUUCCAUGCUAGACACUUCGGCCCAGAGGCCUAG